CUUUCAAUAUGGCAGAUGCUAAAGGACAAGACAAUUCGCCGAACUAAAUUUUGUUGCCUGUUUGCGUAACGUUUGCUUUCUUUGUAGGAUUUCGCGCAGAUGUCUAGAUAAGUUGGAAUGCUUCAGUGGCCUGAUGGACAUCUGACUCAAAGUUGGGAGACCACGGGAUCAAACCUGGGUCACGUCUUACCAAAGAUUUGAAAAUGGUAUUUGCUGCUGCCUCGCUUGGUGCUCAACACUGAGAGAUGUUGUGUUUGUGAGGAUGAAUUUCGGCGAGGUGCAUCAGCGGCUGGUGACAGAUGGGGAGGAGGCGGAUGAUGAAGGCAGUGAGACCGAGGGACUAUGAUGAUGAGGCUGACCGAACAUACCAGGUGGUGGAUCCAGGAACCUUCCGUUAUAAUAAACGCCUGCUGGUCAUCUCCCUCCCAUGCUUUCUCGUUGUCUUAUCAUUAACUGGAGAACUACUUCUGUGCAUUGUGGGUAUAGGGGUAACCAUGGUUAGUGUGCUACACACUUAUGAGGAACAUGAGAGAAGCCUAGUUGUGUUCAUGCUGAGCUUCCUCAUGGCUCAGAUCACAAUUCUCUACUCUGUCCUGCCUCUGGUUUGGGUGUCGCUGGCCAACCUUCUGCUGAUUGGUCUGAUCAAUGGUUAUGUGGUAAUGACAGGAUGUUGGUUGGUCAUCCAGCUCCCAGCCUUCAGACUACAGGCAAUGGAUUCCCUACCUUUCAUAGAAAAGGCCUUGUUUUCCUUCUACCCUGGUUUUUGUGUGCUGCUGUGGACAUGGGCAAUGUGCUUUGUGUUUGUACCUGUUCUUUACUCCCCAUUUCUUCUCCUUGUGUUUGGCUUUGUAGUGCUUCAGUUGUUUCUAGUCCCAGCCGAGUCAUCAUUUUGUAUCCCCAAACUAGCUGUCAAGGACGCUCAGAUUGUGGACCCCGUCUUUUUUGGACUGUUGGCAGCUAUGUUUGCUAUUGGACCCAGUGUGGUUCACGUCUGUGUCACAGUUCUACUCAGACACUCAUAUGUGUCAGUUUUAGAGCCAUUGGUACAAGAAGCAUUUAUUUUGUCAGCUAGUGUUUUCCUCACCACUUUCCUUGGCCUUCGGAAAUUCUUUGAUCAUUUAGGCUGGUCCUAUGACCUGUAGUGCGAGCGCGGUGGAUCAGUGGCUUUCUACUAGCCUUAACAGCCAGUCCAUUAUUAAAGGGAAUGGGAGCGACUUCUCCAUUGCUAUCGUGGUUACCUGUUGUUGUUGCGGCAUACUGUUUGUUAUGGCAU